AUGGUGAACCUUGUGGCAGCACAGAGGCCAUUGUUUUAUGGGCUGAUGAAGCUGGCUGGGGUGCAGCCCUACGCAGUAGAGAUAGAGCCAGGCACUGUAAUGAACUUCUGGGUUCCAUGUGAAACCAUCAAGAAUGCAAAAAAUGGUCAGAAGAAAAUUCAAGAGGUGAAUAAACCAAGCAAACCUGUCGUUGUUCUUGUACAUGGCUUUGCUGCUGAAGGCAUUGUCACUUGGCAAUUCCAAGUUGGUGCCUUGACUAAAAAGUACUCUGUUUAUGUCCCUGAUCUUCUCUUCUUUGGUGGCUCCAUCACUGAUAAUGCUGAUCGAUCACCAGCUUUUCAGGCCCACAAUUUGGCCAAGGGUUUGGCAAAGCUUGGGGUGGAGAAGUGUGUCAUUGUGGGGUUUAGUUAUGGUGGCAUGGUGGCGUUCAAGAUGGCUGAGUUGUAUCCUAGCUUGGUUGAGAGCAUGGUGGUGUCUGGUUCAAUCCUGGCCAUGACUGAUUCUAUAAGUGAAGAAAAUCUGAGCAGACUUGGGUUCUCUACAUCUUCAGAGUUGUUGUUGCCUAAUUCAGUUAAGGAUUUAAAAGCUCUUCUCUCUAUUGCUGCUCACAAGAAGCUCUGGUUCCCUGAUCGCCUUCAUAAAGAUUACCUUGAGGUGAUGUUCAACAACAGGAAGGAGAGGUCUGAACUCCUAGAGGCUUUGGUGAUAAGUAACAAAGACCCCAUCAUCCCAAAAUUUCCACAGAAAAUACAUCUCCUAUGGGGUGAGAAAGAUCAAAUAUUCAAUCUGGAGCUAGCCCACACCAUGAAAGAGCAAUUAGGAGAGAAUGCGACAUUUCAGGGCAUAGAGAAUGCAGGUCAUUUGGUUCACCUGGAGCGACCUUGUGUCUACAAUAGGUGUCUCAAGCAAUUUCUUGCUUCUCUACAUGCAGAGGGAUCCCAAAAGUGACAAAUCACACUAUCUUUCUGAGUCAUCCUCUCCCUCUGUUUGGUUUGUGUUGUGUAACAUUCCUCAGUUUUCUCUAGUAGAAUGAAGAACCCUUUUAUUAC